AUGAUCAUUAAUUAGUUGUUCAAAAUAGCAGUCAAAUCUAAUUCACUCAAUUAGUGGAAUAAAUUAGGGGCAAGUUUGCUUUUUAGAGUUCCUUCAAUGAAGUUUUCAGACUAGAAUAAUAGGGUGAAAGAAGAAUUACAAGGUGACUCGCCAUUUGAGAUUAGCUCUUCUAGAUAAAUGAUGAUAGCAGAUAAAAAAAUAACAAAAGGUGAAAGUCUACCAAAAGUUCGCUAUAAUGAUAGUAGGUCAAGAAAUAAAUCUUCUUCUUCAAAAAAUAAAUCAUACACUGAACAAUCUGAAAGUUAAAUCUAGCCAGCUUCAAACAGAAAUUAUGUUAAGAAAUAGUAAUUUGAAGAAAAAAAGCUACCCAAGAAGCUUUCAAAUGAAUAAGUUUAAGAUUUACUUCCAGAAGUUAAUAGCGUGAGAAAUUAUUAUUAAGUUUUAGAUGAGUUUUCUGAACAAAACUUUAUUGAUGUAUUCAUGAACGAAAAGAUUAUUAAUGAUCCUAAAUAUGUCCUAGCUCUUAACAACAUGUGGACUUAUUCCCGCAAAUUUAGGAUUAUGAAUACUUAUCAAACUCCUUAAUUUUAGUAGAUAACUAAAUUAAUUAGUGAAAAUCUUGACAAUUUACAAGGUCCAGAAGGAAUCAGUGGAUUUUCUUUCAAUCUAUACAAGGUAAACUACCAAGAAGUUGAUCCUUAUAUUAAAAUUGAAAAAUAUGUCCUUGAAAGACUCGAAUAGUUCUCUUUGAAAGCCCUAGCUCAAAUAGCUUAUUCUUUUUCAAAGAUAUCUCGCUCACAAACUGAAUAUGAUUUCUCUCACUUUUAUGGUAAGAUGUAAAUCGUUUUAGCUCUGAAGCUCCGUGAUGCUAUAGUUAAUCCUGAACUUGAUGUAAAGCAGCUUCAAAAGGAUUACACUUAAAUUCUUACAGGCUUUUCAAAAAGCUAAAACAUAUCUAAAGAAUUUCUUUAUGUUCUUGAAUAAUUUAUUAUUAAUCAUAUAUCCUAUUUCGAGCCUCGUGAAAAAUCAAGCACUCUUUACACAUUCGCUGCAAAUGAUUACUUUUCAAAGCCUCUUUUAGAAACCUGUAGAGACGAUUUCAUAAAGAAUUUCGAAUCAUUCAAUAUCUAAGAAAUGAGUCACAUACUUGUCAGCUUAGAUAAGUUUGAUAUGUUAGAUGAAGAAGUUAUGAAAAUAGUUAAAUAAUAGUUUUUCCUUAAAAAGACAUAAAUAAAUUUGUUAGAUUUGGCAGAUAUAUGCAUGGUAUUUUUCAAAAGAGAGUAUGUUGAUGAGGAGUUUUAUAAUAUUGUAAGAGAAACAUAUAGAGCUUUAAGAUCAAAUACAGAUUUAAAUAUACUUAGCAAGUUACUUACUAAUGCUUCAACUUUGUUAAAUAAGGAGCUGAUGCCACAUAGAUUUUUCAAAACUUUAAUGCAAAGUCUUUAGAUAAUUUCUGAUACCAAAGACUUAAAAGGUAGAUUAGUUGAUCAAUUAAAAAAAGAUGCUGCUAAAAUAUUGCACCCCUAAUUUAAAUAAUAAUACAUUGAUACAUUAAAUAACAUGAAGUAAUUAAACUACAAAGAAAUGAAAGAGGAAAUAAAAUAAAAAACUAAAGAUAAAAAGUAUGAAAGAACAAAGAAACACUUCUAAAUAGAGCGCAAAAAUUAAGAAAGAGACGAAAGAGCCAAAGGAAAUAAAGAUUAAAAGCUUAAAUUAAAAAAGCAUGACCAUCAUGAAAAAAAUUCUAAAUCAUAAGAAUAAUUUCCUGAGUGA